AUGACUCGAGAUCCGAAUCCAUUCCCUUCCUCGCAUCUCCAACCCCGCUACCUGGCAAGCCUGAUGCUUGUUCACCCGCCCAACACGACCGCUGUGUCGGCUCCGGGCAAGGUUCUUCUCACUGGCGGCUACCUGGUGCUUGACCGUGACUACUCUGGCACCGUCUUUGCCCUCGACGCUCGCAUUCACGUGCUGGUCCAGCAGCUGCAGCGUGAUCGUCGCCCCGGUUCUGGAGACCCCUUUACCUCGUCGCUCGACACCGCCAAGGAGGGGGUAGUCGAUGAGGAGGAGCCGCAGGCCGGUGCAACCCAGGCUUUUGACGGCCAGCCCGAGGAGAACAUCAUUGUGCGCUCGCCGCAGUUCCGCGACGCCGUCUGGGAAUAUGUCGUGCGGAGGUGUGAAAAUGGAGGCGGGGUCAAGGUCUCUCAGAGGAAUGAGGGACCGAGAAAUCCCUUUGUCGAGACAUCCCUAAACUACGCGCUCACAUACACUAGCUACGUGGCUGAUUCACAAGACCUUGGCUCGCUCUCCGUCACCAUCUUGGCCGACAACGACUAUUACUCAGACACCAACUCAGGGAAUGAUUCCGCUGCCCGCAACCGUGGUGGGUUCCGGGACUUUGGAGUCACCCUGCAAGACGCUCACAAGACAGGCUUGGGCUCAUCAGCCGCGCUGGUCACCGCUCUCGUAUCUGCUCUCGUUACCCAUCGCACAAUGCACCCGGACGAUCUGGUAGUGGCUCGCGAGAAGCUGCACAAUCUAGCACAGGCCGCACACUGCGCUGCUCAAGGCAAAGUGGGUUCUGGGUUCGACAUUGGAGCCGCAGUCUUUGGCUCGUGUUUCUACCGUCGCUUUUCCCCGUCGAUCCUCGAGAGGCUCGGCGAAGUCGGCUCGCCCAGUUUUGAGGAAAGGCUCUUCUCGACAGUGGAGGACUUGGAUCCUGCACAGCCCUGGGAUACCGAAUUUGCCGACGUGGGCAUGAAACUGCCGCCUGGCGUGCAGCUGAUCCUGUGCGAUGUCGACUGCGGAUCGCAGACCCCGUCGAUGGUGAGAAAAGUGCUCGAGUGGCGCAAACAAAAUAGAGAAGAGGCCGAUCAGCUGUGGGACGACCUGCAAGCAAACAACGAAAAACUUCGCACCGAGCUUCGCCGUUUCAGUCACACCCGGAUGAGCUCAGAGUUUGAGUCGGCUGCGAUUGUCGAGCUCCACAAGACGGUGAGAGGGUUGAUGCAACAGUCACGAAACUAUCUACAACAAAUGACAGCCAAGUCCGAAGUUCCGAUUGAGCCUCGUGUCCAAACAGAAUUGCUCGAUGCUGUCUCGCAGGUGGAAGGCGUCAUCGGGGGUGUUGUACCCGGUGCUGGAGGCUACGAUGCGGUGGCCCUGUUGAUCAAGGACGACAUCGAUGUCGUCAUACGACUAAGGAUGCUCUUUGAAAAAUAUCAGAGCAAGGUUGAGGACGACUUUGGGGGCAAGAUCGAGAGGGUGCGCAUGUUGGGCGUGAGACAUGGGUCGGAAGGCGUGCGCAACGAAUACCAGAACGCGAGACGGUAUGCGACAUGGGUGUAG